GUAGGCAGGGGAUGGCAGAUGACAGGGUCUGGGUGACAGUAGGCAGGAGAUGGCAGAUGACAGGGUCUGGAAAGCAGUAGACAGAAUGUGGUUGAUGACAGGUUCUGGGUGGGAGUACAUAUGAGGUAACAUGUACACUGAUAACAGGAUCUAGCUGUCUGCAGAGAGAAGAUGGAAAAUGACAGCAGUAGAUGGGUGCACCAAUGACAGGUGGCAGUUGUGCAGAGGUGGCAUAUUACAGGGUGUUAAGUGUGACAGUAGACAGGAGCUACAUAUGGCAGAUAAACAGUUCUUGGUGGCACUGUGAUAUAACUAAAUAUAAUUAGGGUGACAAAUUACAUGGUCUGAAAGCAGUAGUCAAAAGUGGCAUGUUACUGCUAGCUAGGGUAGGGUGGUUAUAACAAUCAUCAACGGGAGGAGGCAGAUGACAGGGUUUCAGUGACAGAAAUAUGUCGCUGGAUUGGUAGGGGGACACUGGUUUGGGAUGGUAGGGGUAAACACACGUUUUGAGAAAGCUUAACAUACCAUGGUGUCUCAGUCUGGCUAAAUGCACAUGAAAGAGGAAGAUUAAGUUCAUUAUGCCAUAUAGAUUUUAAAAUUCUGCAUGGUGGACUUAGACUGGCAGUCAAAGUCAAGGUUCACACAUGUACACUGAAAAUAAAGUUUGUUUGGUUUUCUCACCUGUUUCACACUGAUGUUUUAGUAAAAACAUUAAAAAAUAGUUUGGUGUGGCCUAAGACAGGAAAAUCUCCACAUUUAUUUUGCCAUUCAAGCAGGGAGGGUGUGAGAAAGAGUCAACUGACUGCAGGCCAUGUUUUUAUUCAUGAUGUACAUCCUAUUUAAAACAGAAAGAGAAUUGGAGAAUGGCUAUCAUUGACCAAUGAGGUCAAUUUCAUGCAAUGUGUAGAAUAUUAGUAGACAAGAUAUUACAAAAAUCAACUAUUGAUUCGAUGAGUUAUAAUCACUGAUUAAAUAUAUAGCUAUCACAAAAGUUUGAAAUUUUAGUUAUCCUCCUUAAAUUAAAGUUAAUGAUCAGGUGUACAUAUCUGACAGGUAAAGGAGUUACUAAUCCUUCCAUCACUGUCUUAAAGGUAAGUUUGGUACACACAACAUGUUUGAAGCUAUGACUUGCUUUAGGGAUUCAGCUUAUUAUUUCGGGGUCAGACCAUUCAUCAAAGUCUAGUGAAAAUUGCCCUACAUGGUAAUAGAUAAAAAUACCUGCUCCUGUGUGAGUCGAUGAGGAAUGGUAUAGUGAGGAUCAUAGUUCCAAAUGAUACAAAAGCAAAAAAAAAGAAAGUAAAAAAAAAAGAAAAUCCAUUGGAUUAUAUUAUAUAUGUAUUGAUAUAGAAAGCUAGCCUCUGUAGUAUUAUGCAUGUAUGUUAUGUGAAAACUAUAAUUGAUCAAUGUUGAUAGAGUAGCAUUUUCUUCCUGUUUCCUUCCAUACUUAGGUUAGUAGAUGAUUUCAUAUUUUAUUUUUGACUAAUUUCAGGAGAGUGCUGAAAAGAAACGAAAAACUUGAGGUCAUGGAAAAAGAAAAGAUGUCUGAAGCCUCGGAAUCCGAUGCUAACCAAAACUGUAAUCCAGGUAUGGUCACAACUACGUAUGAGACACUUAAAGAAAACGGACGUCUAACUCCAAGUGAGAUUAAAAAUGGCAUUCAUGGUAACCAUGAAGAGCCUGAUGCGGCAAGUGCUGCCUCAGGUGCUGCCGAAGCCACUGUCGGUGGCACAGCUCAGACUUCUUCCCCACAGCAGUCUUGUAACUCGCACCUGACCCAGACCAGCAUUGCACACACCUCCCCGCUACCCCCUUCCACAGUCGACAGCUUGGCCACUCACAACAGCACAAGUAACCAAAGUGGUGGUGGCACAACCGUUCGGAGUAAUAGUGGCCACAAUGGCGAUGUUGACAUGACAACCAUCCUCAAUGAUACCCUAGUCAAAGACGACAGCCAAAGUAGUGGCAAUGAGAAGACCACCAUUCUGAAUGACAAUCAAAGUGGUGUCACUACACUGAUAAAUGACAGUGGUGAUGAGGAUGGCACCGCACUAGUGAACAAUAGUGACCAAAAUAGUGGCACUCAGCUUCUAAAUGACGGUGAUAUGACCUCUAAAGCUACUGACAGUGGCUAUAAUAGUGUUAAUGAUAACGGAAGUAGUGCCCUGGUAAAUGAUCACAGUAAUGGUGACACAACUACUAGUCCUAGUGAAGGUUGUAAUACCCACAGUGGCUCUGUCCACAAUGAUAGUAACAAUAACACUGACCAAGAUCAAGGGGGCACAACCUCAACAGUUUUAAGUGAAGAUCAAGGGGGUGUCAACAAUACAAAUGCGGUUAUGACUCACAAUGUCCCUGGGCUUAUUAGCGGCAGUGCGGCUUCUUUGCACAACACCAACGGACAUGUCCCCCCACCCCACGGAGGCAGUUCCCCAAACCGGUAUUCCCCAAACAGUCAGACAACUCAGAUGUCACCCCGGGGACCAAGCCCUCACAAUCAGAAUGCAUCCGCACCAGGGACCUCUCCACCAAAUCACCAGCACGUUGUUCAUGUACAUGUCAACUCGGGAGAGACCUUCUCCAUGCGUGUCGGCGUUAUGGGUGACCAAUUCCAGCACAUCCAAGGUCCAGCCACAGUAAGAAUGGUAUCUAACACAGGACCACCGUUACCGAUGCCGAUGCAGGUUCCCCAGGGUCACAUGGUACAACAGAUUGUGGACGAGCAUGGAAUCCUGACACACGUGAUUUUAUCCCCUCAACCUCCAGGCAUGCCAGUACAGCCUAUGACGGGCGGACCAAACAACAACGCACCUCAGUAUUACCAGGGCUACACGCCUCACUAUGCUACCCACCCCUAUCACCACCACACCCACCCUGGGGCGUCGUCUCAUGUCCCUGCGGGGGCACCUACACACCCUCACGGCACCCCACCCCCGCCCAGCUGUAAUAGUCUACCCAGUGGACCAGUUCAUACUCCAGGACCAAGUCAACAAAGUUCGAUGGAGAACAGAACAAAUCGACAGAGAGAAAAAGUGCGGAAAAAAUAUUAUCAGAGGCUGGAAGAAGGAUUUUACAACCAAAGACCCCCUCCCCGGCGAUCUCCAAAACCUAAAGUAAAUGGAGAGAUCCAGCCUGGAAGCAUCACCAACACACCGCCAGUGGAUACGGGUCAGGACCUGGAGGAGGAAAGGAAGAUCAUUCAACACCAACUAUCUAACAUGCCUGAACCGGGGGUGACAGAAGUGGAAGCAAGAAGUGCCUUAAUACACCUGGCACCACCAGAAUACGACCAGAACGAAUUUGUGAUAGAAGCAGCGGAGUUCCAGUAUGAACUUCUGCUGUCUGAUAAAGGAAAGGAUGGCAAAUAUAAAUCGGUCUACUCGGGUGAUGCAACAGAAAUUACACUAAAAGAUUUAAAACCAGCCACCGAGUACCAUUUAAAAGUAUGUACAUCCCUCGAAGAUGUAAAAGGCAGUGCGACUGAGCCGGUGAGAUUUCUAACGGGGAUUUGUGAGCCGGAUCCCCCACAGAUGCCCAAGUUACAUGCGCGGACCAAAACCUCCAUAACACUUAAAUGGAACGCAACAUGUGAAAAUGGUGCAAGAAUCUCAACUUAUACACUAGAAUGUGAUAAGGGUCAAGGGGAUGGUUUCACUGAGGUUUACAACGGUCUCCAGCGACAACAUCGGGUCUCAAAGCUACAAGCUACCACUAAAUAUACGUUUAGGCUAGCCGCCAUCAACUCCGUCGGUAAAAGUCAGUUUAGUGACCUAGCGAGUUACUGUACCAGUGGUAGCGUUCCCUCUCAGCCAGAUCCACCGAUGCUAUCAGAAACCUUCAUCUCUGCCCUCACCAUAUCCUGGAUCAAACGCACCAACGAGGACAACUUCCUUCUCCAGAUAGAGGAUGAAACAACGGGACAUGGUUUCAUCACUGAAUAUAAUGGACCAAAUCUUUCUCAUAAAGUGAAGACAUUACGGCGGAACACAGAUUAUAAAUUCAGGUUGGCAGCAGUGAAUGAUGAGGGUCAGAGUAAAUGGAGCGAGGUCUCGUGUUUCCGUACAUUACCAGACCGACCAAGUCCACCUCCAAAACCUCAAAUCAAAGGCAAGAUCCAUGCCCAUAGCUUCAAGGUGGUGUGGGACCCACCCAAGGAUAAUGGAGGAUCCGAUAUCACCAAGUAUAUAGUAGAGCUUGACGAUGGCCGAGGAGGAGGGUACGAGACACUGUACGAGGGCUCGGAUAGGGAACACAUAUGUGACCAUCUCAUUCCAGGCCAUAUCUACAUGGUCCGCGUAGCCUGCUGUAGUAAAGGGGGCCGAAGUGAUUUCUCAGACUUCUGUAUUGCCACUACACACGCUGUAUCCCCUGGGCAAUGCCAUGCCCCCAAGCUCCAAGGAAAGCCCAAGGCCACCUCCCUCCACCUGCGCUGGGGUUACCCGGAGUAUGAUGGAGGGGCAAAUGUCAUGGAGUUUACUGCUCAGAUGAUCAACCCAGACAAUACAAGCCGAGAAGUGUUCAAAGGUCGCGACCUUGACUGUAUAGUGGCCGGUCUGUCACCAGGACGUCCAUAUCUAUUCCAAGUUCGGGCAUUUAAUAUGGUUGGGGGUGGACCCUGGUCAGAACCCCUGGAAGUGGUGAGUGGUGCAGGGGUACCCGACCCCCCUAAAACACCCCUCGUCAACUGUCGCUCCCCUCACAGUGCGAUGGUGCUGUGGGACUCUCCCGUCAACAAUGGUGCUACAAUUACUGACUACAGGCUGGAGUGGCAGCACAAGUCAGAUCUCGACUUUACACAGUUAUAUUUUGGUUCUAACAUGAAUUAUGAGGUGAAGGGUUUGACACCUGCUACCUUGUACAGUUUUCGUGUUCAGGCAAUCAACAGUGCAGGUUCGGGUCCAUUCAGUGCAGUGGCGACCUGUGUGACCCCGCCUUCUAGUCCGUCACCGGUUGUUUACAUUCGUCAUACUGCCAAUGCUAACACUAUCUCCUUGUCCUGGAAAGAGCCUAACUGUAAUGGCAGUGACAUCAGCUCCUACAACAUCGACAUCGGAGAAAAACAACUUAUCUCUACAAGUGCUGUCACCGAGUAUCUCUUAGAGGAGCUGGCUCCCGAGUCUGUGUACAAGGUGCGAAUACAAGCUGUCAAUGGUAUUGGGGUGGGUGCAUUUAGCUCACCGGUGCGUAUAUCAACCAAGCCCCUGCCCCCAAACCCGUCUCGAUUAGAGUGUGUGAUUUUUGCCCCCAAUAGCCUGAAGCUGAAGUGGGGAGAUGGGCGUAACCCUGAUAUGGUUACUUAUACACUGGAGAUGGAAAGGGAGGAUGGCAACUUCCAGCCUGUGUACAGUGGUCCAGCCCACGCCUACAAGGUCAACAAACUCACAGAAAUGUCAAGUUACGACUUUAGGAUAUAUGCCAGUAAUGUGGCAGGGAAUGGUCCAUAUUCCGAGGUUUUCACAUUCACAACCUUAAAGGCACCUCCACCGGCAUUGAAAGCACCAAAGAUCCAAGACAUACAGCUGACCAGCUGUAACGUGGAUUGGGCGAGCGUGCGACCAAUGGGCUCCGACAGUAUAGUGUAUAUCUUACAGUUACAGAGUAGGGACCAUGAGUACAAACAGAUGUAUAGAGGCCCUGCCACUUCUUACAGCCUACACACGCUCAGUCCAAAGACGGAGUAUACGAUACGAGUGUGUGCUGUGCGGCAGUGUUUGGACAAAUCGGACGACGUGGUGGGUCCUUUCAGUCCGUGUGUCAUGUUCACCACUCCGAGCUUGGAACCAGUCACAAGCUUAGAGCCAAAACUCUUGGAGACAAAAAUCGUUGAACCAAAACAACUAACUGACCAACAAUGGGCAAUGAUUAUAUUGCUUGGGUUCGUCAUAUUUGCUUGCCUUGUAGCCUUCGUGGCACAACAAAUUAUUCUUUACACUUCCAGUCAUUCAGCACGACAUGACGACUUAUGAGAAAUAUUUUUUAAAAGAAAAACUUUUUUUUUCUUUCAACUUUUAAGACUAAAAGAUUUGUUACAUGAUGGAAGCCAAAUGCUACACAGUGCUAAAAGGAUAUCGUAAAAUAUAUCGCAGGUUAUCAGGGAAUCAAUGCCUUUUACUUCUUGAGAUUUGUGGUGAAGGCAAGCUGAGAAGAAGGAGAAUUUUGGUUGGUUCCUUAGAUCAUGCACCUGGAAAGAAGAAGAGAUUUGAUUGGUUCCUGAGAUCAUGCACCUUCAAAGAAGGUGAAAUUUGUUGGGAUACUUGGAUCGGAAAAUAUUGUGAUAAAUUGACUAAAGUCUUCGUCCAUGAUAAACCUGUGGCAUUAGCAGAUAACUGGAGACUCUUGGCACCAACUGGUCAUGACUAAUGACCUUGAAAUCAGUGAGAAGGUUGACCAGUGGUCAUCUGGAGAAGUGACCAGUCUCAGCUGUUGUGUUUGACUUCUUGUGGAAUCUAGUUGUGUGUGUUUAGCUCCAUAUCAAAGGCUUAAGGUUAUGUGAUGGUUUGCCUUUUUGAAAAGUCUUUGCUUAAGUCACUGUGUCCAGUUUAAGAAAAAAACAACACAAAAACAUAUUGUUUCCACUGUUGCUACAGUCAGACAUGUUAAAGGACAGCGGAUCACCAGAGGGAGUUCAGAAUGUUUUAUCAUGUAAACUUAGUGAUGACUGGCUGGGUAAAAAUGUGCAUUUCUGUUACACUGACAUUGAUUGGCUAAUUUAUCAAUGUGGGGUAACUUUUUUUCGCCUUUUUUUUUUUCGUGAUAUGGUAUCUUCCAGUUCAUGUGUCGUGCAGAAACAUCAUGACAUUAUUUUUCCAUAAAUCAUCACAUGUUGGGUGUCUGGGUGGCCUACCUAGUAUAAAUCAUUUUCCUAUCAAAGCAAGGUCAGACUAUAUACAGGUGAUGUCAUUUUAGCAAACAUUGUCCAUUGAUCAAUAUUCAUUAUAAAAGGUCUCUUUAGACAAUUGUGAUAAUCCGAUGGAUCUGAAGAAACAUUAGUAGACGGUGUUUCAGAAUGUUGUUUUUUGGUCUGCAUUAAUUGUUAGUCAUUAAGAUUGUUAUGCUUUACAAUAAUCAAUGAUUGAAUCAUAAACAAAAAUCAUAAAGGUCAUUUCAUAAAGGAAAUUAUUAUGAAAAAAAAAUUUAUUAUAAAAACCAGCUGGAUGUGUAAGGAUCAUUUAAGGGUAUAAACUACCUUUAUGUAACAGACAUGUCUCUUUUUCCAAAAGAGUUCCAUGUCAGUAAACAUUUUUUUAUGUGAAGUAAUUAAUCUAAACUUUGAUGAUAAGUUAAUGCCAGUUGAAAUUUCUAUAUCACUUAUGAGAAUGUACACUUUGAUCAGGAAGCUUAGAUCAUGGUGAUUACCAAAACAAGGAUGAUCAAAUGAAAUUGACAUGACAUACCCUGUCAUUUUAAGAUUACAAAUGGCAGUGAUGUGUUCUUUUUACUUGUUCAAAUUGAUGUUAUAUGGCAGACGAGCAGAGCCUACAUGUCCGAGAACCAAUGAAUUAACACCUGAAAUUAGAAUGUUUGUCUAACGACUGAUGUAAAUUUGUAAAGCAGCAUGAGGUGAGGUUGGUACUGGUCACAAUCAUUUUGUCUUGAUAUUUCAUGCUUACAAUGUGAUAUUUAAUUAAAGAUGAUCUUGUUCUACAUAGAAGUUAAUUUACUUGGAAACUCGUACUUACUGCUUUUUGAAUCCUGUAUUGGUAAACAAUUUAGCGGUAUAUGAUAAUUAUCAAAUUCAUGCAAUAAUCAAAUUGUAGAUUCAUAUGUAGCGGACAAAAAGGAAAGUAAUAUUAUAUAUGUGGUAAAACUACUGAAGAAGCUAGGUAAUGUGAUAAAUCAUUUAUUGUGUACUUUAAAAGUUGUACAGUUGAGCACUUUGACCAUGUCCUAUCAUCAAGUUCAACUCUUACUGGAUUUUAACAGCAUUGGUACGAAACACGGUUGUAACCUAGUCAAUAUAUUACUACCAAUAUCUGUUAUAUAAAUAUUGCCAUUUUACAUAUAUAUUAUAUAUAUUAUAUAUCACCCAUUUACGAUAUAUCUGUAAUUGCCAUUUAUAUGUAUCAACUGUCUAUGAUGUUAUAUCUGCGUACAGUAAACACAGACAUUAGUUUGACAUGAUAUUUUCAUUUUUUGCUGUCACUAAAGCUGUGUAGCUAUGUUAUAUAUAUAUUAUACAUAUGACAUCAUCAUCGUCACUGUUAUUACAGUGCCGUAAUAUUGCUGUAAUAUACAAUUAUAUAUACAUAUAUAUAUUUCCUAUACAUAAUGUAUAUUUAUGUAUAUAUGAUGUAUAUGGAUAUGUGGACGGUCAGUUACGACCCAAUGCAAGACUACAAUCAGGAGCUUCAGAAUUUUGUGCAUGAUGCUUACUGUGGACAAUUUUUUUCUCACUAUAUAUGUUUUUUUCUGCAUUCUUAAAUAAUCAAUAUACUUAUAGUUGAUGUAUAAAUUCACCUAUGAAUAGACCUAGCUACCUAGAAUAACCCCGUUACCAUGGGGAUAGUGCUGCAUCUGUUGCCAUGGCAAUACAUCCUUGUGUGACAAACCCUUUAGUUAAAUGGACCAAGCCCCUGUGGUAAAGGGUAUAUGCUUAUCAGGCUGAAUAUUUGACAAGACUUUUAUUUUUUAAAGUCAAAGAUUUCUGGAUAGGCUUCAAGUUAUACAUAUAUAUUUUUUGUUAAAUGGUCUUCAGAUUUCAUAGUUUUCUUGAUGUUAGAUCAGAAAUAGAUGGAUUUUUUUUUUUUUUUUUUGUUGUUGUUGUAAAUAAACUCGAGUCUACUAUUAUGAGGAAAGGGAGUAGAAACAUUGUUCAUAUCCAUCAUGCUACUGUAGUAUCAUUACCAGGAAUAGCAGGUCAUCAAACUUCAGUUUUGCAAAAUAUAGUUACAGUAUGUCUUUCAAGAAAAAAUCCUAAGAUUAAAACUAGCUGAUUGAUUGUCGAGAAGUCUCUAGUACCUAAUGCAUUGUUAAUUAUUAUCAAGUCCCUGACAAGAAAAUAUUUUUUAUGCCAAAUCUGCUCUUGGCCAAAUUUCUAUUGUUUAGUUUGUUAACACAGUUUUAAUGUACUCACUAGGAAUAAUUGAAAAACUUCUCAUGUAUGUAGUCCUAAGUUUUUCUCUUUUACUAAAUUAUGAUUAAAUUUAAUGAUAUAAUAUAUGUGUUAGAUAUUUAACACUUCAGCUUCUUGCCAAAGCCACCAAAAGCUGUCUGCAGGUAUUAUCUUACCUGCAGGAGUUUAACAACUGAUAUCAUUACUUACAGGGAUAGAGGUUUUCCUGGUAUUGUUAAAGCAUCAUAUUCAAUGAUCAUUGUCGGAUAGAAUAUUAGCGUAGAUAUACUGAUGUUUAUGUUAUUUUUGUUUUACUGGGUCGCAUUACACAGGCUAUUAUAGGGAAUAUGCGGGUCGUAAUUCCCUGCCAAAGAUAUUACUGUCUAGAAUCUCGAGAAAUCAAGGACAUUUGAAACAGAGAAACAUUGAUUUAAAAAUUAGUUUUAAUUUUUCUAUGUUGCAAAUUUAUCACAAAUAUCAUUUGCCCUUGUGAAGAAGUAAAUCGAUAUUUUACAAAUACAAUAUACAGUUAAAUUGAAAAUAGUGGGAAAAAAUAAAGGUUGUUUUUAUUGUAAAGUUAGAACCAACUAAACAGAGAGCUUAGUCUUAAAGAAAUGCCAUGCUAUAUAGGUAUUUAGGUGUGACAUUCUACAUAAAAAUUUAGGUGGGACGUUCUACAUAACAAUUUUGUCGUGAAGUUCUACAUAACUAUUUAGGUAUGACAUUCGAUAUAACAAUUUAGGCGCGACGCUCUGCAGAAAAAUUUUGGCAUGAUGUACACAACUAUUUAGGUGUGACAUUAUAUAUAACAACUUAGGCGGGGCAUUCUACAUAUCUAUUUAGUAUUUAGGCAUGACGUUCUAAUUUAGGCGUGCCAUUCUACAUAACAAUUUAGGCGUGAUGUUCUACAUAACUAUUUAUAUUAUCCAAUUAAUAUUUGUUAUACGGUAUCCAUGGUAACACAAUCCAUGACUUAGUUAGGCCAGUAAAAUAUCAAGUGCAAUAAACUAAAUUAAAAAAUGUUAAUUUCCUGGAGAAAUCAACAACUAUUGUACAUUAAUUAGCAUUUUAAUCAUAUAAAAAUUAAAAUGCUCUAAUUAAAAAUGAGCAAUUUCCAUACGUUAAUUUAUGACAUGUAGACAAUUGAAGUAUAUUUUGAUAAGCGUGCAGCAGUGUUUAUAUAAUAACUGUAUUUAACCAUAUGUUGAUAUUUGUGGUUAAGAAUGGAUUACAGGAUCAGCGCCAGUAACUUGGUCUAAGGAAUCUAUGUAUACAUCAUAUAUGUAUAUAUUUAUGUGGAAAAGAGAUAUUUCGUGUAAAUAGGAUGAGUAAACCAAAUUAUAUAUGCUUUCAUCUUUGUCAUUGAAAUUUGCUGUCAAAUCUAUCGGUAGCCUACUUUAUUCACAGUGCCACAUUUCUAAAACUUUGAAACAGGAAAACUGAAUGAUUUGUUUAUAGAGCCAAAUCUGUAUUGAGAAACUUCCAGUAGAAGGGUCAGAAGUGUUCUUUUUACAGAGAUGCAGGUCUGUAUGUACAGUCAGUUGUAAACUACAUUCUGAGGGGGGAUGGCGGUCUAGCUCAUAAGAGAGUUGUUCUGAAUAGGGUGGUCUCUUUUAAUAGCAAGUUUCAUCUUGUCAAGUCGGUGAUUAAUUUUUUUUUGAUAUAUAUAUAAACAAGGAUGCCAUUAUCGAGGUUAGUGUUAAUAUAUAUUUGCCUCUUCAGUAUAUCAAGAGAGAGUCUUCAUCAAUUCUUGUUUUACAGAUUUGUACAUCAAUCUGUUUUUGUCAGUUUUCAUGCUUGUUUUUAAUCUUACCAAAUGUACAAUUAUCAAGCUUUGUAUGUGGAUGUAUCUCUAGGCGUGUCCUGAAAAUCAGAUUUAGAUCACCGUCACCUAGCUGAAUUUCCUUUUUUUCCUGAUCGGGUAAAUUAACACUAUGCUGGACAAUCAAAUGGACUUUGUCACAAUUAAAAAACGAGACUAGGUAUAAAACUUACCGUUACUUCUGAAGUCUGUUUUGUGCCGUAGUAGGAACAUUAAUAUCAAUAUUCUAGAAAAUCCUUACAUGAGGAGAGCUGUGUAUUUACCUAAGUCUAUAUUGUCCUUCGAUAGAAUGAAAUAAAGGUAUCAAUGCAGUAACUGUGGAUCAAUGUCGCCAACAUUUUUAAAGCCAUGUUUGUAUAAAUAUUUCUAUAUUUACUGUAUACAUUAAUUAUAACGACAUAAUGCAGUUUGAUGUUGAAUUUUUUAUUUCCUAGCUAUACACUUUCAGGGUAUCUACCUUAUUCAUGUUUCAAACUUUUAAAAAUGACACCUUACCUGUGUUUGAAGGGAUUCAAAUUUUGUUGACUAUUGAUGUUAGAAAUUUGAAAGCUGUGAAUGCGACCCUUCAUUUUUACUGUUACCACUUACUGCUGAACUUGUUACUUCCUAUUGAUUUGAUUGUUUUUCUUUGAAGCACUUUUGUUUGCUAUUGCUUAAUGUUAAUCUUUGACAUUACUCAUACCACAUUAUUAGUAAAAUAUAUCAUAUUUUGAGAAAAAGCAGUGUGUUGUUUCUUUCCAAAGUUGUUCUGGUCUGGGACAUUUCUCAAUGCCAUGUGAUGCUAAUUCUAAGGCAGGACAAAAAUUCUUCUAUUAUUGAAGAAAUGUUCAACUGUGGUAGCAGAACUGUAGCACUAUGAGAUAAAACCACCAUUUUUUCAUGUGUUUUAGUUGGUAAUUGGCUAAUUAACAUAUCCCAGAAUUUGGUGUUAGGUGAGCUGGUACAUAAUAGGCAGUUGUACCAGUACAAAACAACAUUUUUUACGUUAUUUUUCAGGGUAGAAUAGAAAUGUGAAUAAAAUGAAAAUUAUGGCUUAUUUCCUAAUUUUUCUCAGAUUUGCAUGUUUCUAAUUUUUCAAACUUUUGUUAAAAUCCCCCAAAAUUCACCUAUACAAGAAACACAACUUUAAGAAUCAUGGAUGAAAUAAAACAUUCUUAAGCACAAGAUCAGGGAAAGACAAAAGAACUGAAAAAAUAGAUAGGUUGUAGUUAUAAAUCCAAUGUUAACUGUCUGGAGCCCUACGAUCAGGACCUGGUGUAAUUCUGUCUUUAACAAUAGAUUGAUGACUGACUGGCAAUGCUGCAGAACUUGUCCAAACAGCUCCUUGUAUGAAAUGGAGAUAAAACUGGCAAUGCAGCAGAACUUGUCCAAACAGCUCCUUGUAUGAAAUGGAGAUUAAACUAUCAUUCUUUGAUUCUCAAAAUUUGUUUUCAAAAUAGGCAUAAUUUGUCCUUUUAUUUUGAUUUUAAGAUAUCCACCUAUCCAUGAAGUUACAAAAAGAUAUAUCUUUAUGUGUUGAAAUCAUUUACGAGAAUGUAUAAAACCACUGAAAGCCAGAAAGAACUGUAAUGUUACAAACCCACUAGAUAUCUGUCACCUCUAAUCAUUUUCUACCUAGUUGGUAUCCAUUGUUAAAUUGUAUAUCUUACAAUUAUAAUUCAGUAGAUUUAUUAGUUUAAACAGUGUUCUAUUUCAAAAAAUUUCACAACAACAAUUAUCCUUUGAAACGUUAUAAAAAUGGGAUUAGAAAUCAAGCAGUAAGCUUAUACUCCUUUAGAAUAGUAGAUUUGUAUAGCUGGCAUCCCUGUAUGUUUCCUCAAUAUUUAUUUUCAGAACAUUUCUGAAAACAAUAUCAAGCCUUGAUGUGUGUUGUUGAAAUUAAUUCUUUUGAGUUUCUGAUAACAUUUGUUUGAUGUUUUUGUGAAACAAUUUGAAAUUUUGGCAAAUAUUUUAAUUAAACGUCUAAUAUUUCUGUCUCCACAACACUAGUAGGUCCAUGCAAUGCUAUGUGAAGGCAUUUUCAAAUAAACAAAAUUUACCCAUCAUUAGAUUUUCUUUGCAAACUCCUCAACUCCACUGUAUAUUUAGUGAUAUUGAGGAAACAUGUCUGGUAUAAAAUCUGUCACUUAACACUUAUGAUAUUUGGCCUUGUCCCUAGUAGUCCGGUACAAAAUCUAUACACUAAUGAUAUUUGCCCUUCUCUCUAGUAUGGUAUACAUUCUGUCGCUAUCACUAAUGAUAUUUGCCCUUCUCUCUAGUAUGUUAGUGCUUCUUGCCUGCUUUCUAUGAUCCAAUCUUGCAUGACAAAAACCAUGAAAACAUUAUUGUUUAAGUGUCAUAUUUAUGUCAUAAACAAAGAGUUUUCUAUAUUGUUACCAUGCUCAUAAGAACUUACAGAAAAGGCUAAUCAAUAAACAACUUUUAUAUCUAAGUUCAGAAAGAUCCCCAGUUCUGAUAAAAUAUAUCUGUCUUCAGAAACCAUCCUUACACAAAGACAUUGAGGAAAAAAUAGUUUACUAGACCUGCACUGCUAAGACUAGAAAAGAAACACAAAUUGAGCACCAACUAUUUUGUAAGACUGCUCCUGCCCAGGAAAAUAUAAACUAGAUGUUGAUGACAAAAACCAAACUUGUGCUCUUCAAGUCAUUUUACAGUCUGGAAAGCACAAUGCAGAAACCACUUAAUUGUUUUAAAUAAACUCUAUUUAUUAAAAGUAUUGGCAAGCUUAUAAUUAUUAUUCCGAUACAGCAUUCAACUGUUAGAAACAUUUUCAUUUUUAAAAUGAUGAGGGUUUUUUUUUCUAUGGUACAGGUUUAUCUUGGAAAGGCACAAUGUAGCACAUUUCUUUCAAAUAUGUAUAGAUUUGAAGUUUCUUACAUAGAUCUAAGUCAUAGCUUGUUGGUAUUUGUGGUUGCAAAUGUGGAUUAUUCUAGCAUGCAAGAUAUGUACCAUUGGAUAAGCUGCCAUAUAUAUUAUCUAUCUAAAUACAAAUAUUUGUAUAUAUAUCUAUCACGCUGUAAUAAUUAUAGUGAUCACACACCAGCUUCGUUGCUUCGUCCUUCCACAAUAUACAUAUACUUGCAAUAUUUUUGUUAUUAUUCUUUGAAUUGAUGUGGUGUCAGACUUUAAUUUGAGUCACACCUGUAUAUACUAGAUUGUCUCUUACAUGAUUGCCAAAUUUAGCAUUCGGACAUUAUUUUUUAUUUUUGACGAUUACUGGCGCCUCAAACCUUCGAUAUUACGUAACAGUAGAGCCUCAUAGCUUUGUAUAAGGUAAACACCUGGUCAGUGCUGGCCACACUUUCUGGUAAAUUCUCUUCUCUAUUUCUUUAUUCUUCUCGUCAUUGUCAAUUAGUCAACUGAACUUUUUUUUUUAUUUGAUGGACAAUCAAAUUUUUACCUGAUGUUGCUCUUUGUUAUUAGUUCAGAAAUAUAAUUUGUAUUUUAAAAAUUGAAUGAAGAUCUGUAGACAGUACAUCAGUCUGUUUCAAACACAUAGGUGCAAUAUUGCAAGGUAUAUCUAUUUUCGGGAUACAUAUACCUUAUUCAGUCAUCUUUGUUAGUAUUUUUAGAUAACUAUAAUAAUCUUUAUAUUUUGUAGUUACUCUCAAACUGGUUAAGAAAUGAUAAUCUUUUUUUGUUUUGUAAUAAUUAUACAAGUCAUGAAGACACCUUUAUAAGAUGACAAUAAGCAUACACAGCGUAGUUUUCCUUGAUUUGGUUUAGUUGGCCAAUUGACAACCACUAGAUUUGUUGAUUAGGAAUGUCCACACAAUGUGGUCCAGUUAAGGUAUCUAUUGUAUAUCGUGUCACAUAAGUCCUGUCUCUAUAGAUCGCUCUUUCUCUCUCCCUCACUCUCUCGCUCCUCUCUCCCUUCGAUGUACAUUAGGUAUUAUUUCUCAAAUAGCCAUGGAUAUAUUUAUUAUAAUGUGAUGUUGGGUCAUAAGUAAAUAUAUAUUCUAUCAAUAAAACAAAUAAAGCUCAUGAU